GGUCCAAUCUUCCUGGGUGCAGAUCCUGGUCAUCGCUGCUUUGUUCCAGGAAACCUGACAUUCGUCACCAACCUCAGCUCUGUGAAUGACAGCGCCCCCUGGCGGCAGCAAAAGACAGAUCAGUGUCGAAUGCCGAUCCCUGGAGAAGUGAACUCCACUCAACCGUGUCAAUAUGGAUGGGUGUAUGGAGACACUUUCACUUCUACAUUCCUAACUCAGUGGGAUUUUGUCUGUGACCGGGCGUACCUCGUGGAUCUUAGUUCGUCUCUCUUCAUGGCCGGCAUGAUGAUUGGUUCCUUGUUCAUCAGCCCGCUUGCUGACAAAUUUGGCCGGAAGAAGAUCCUCCUGGGAGCAUUAUGGAUACAAGGUGCCCUCGGUGUCGGAGCUGCGUUUGUGAAUAACUACAUUGUGUUUAUGGUGAUCAGGUUUUUUCUGGGAGUGCUAAAUCAGACGAUUGGAUUAGUCGCUUAUGUAAUGGUCCCAGAGGCUUUCCCGUCUUCCAGUCGAACGAUGCCAUAUAUCGCUCUCUUCCUUUUCUGGGCGAGCGGAGUCAUGUCGCUCGCGUUGCUAGGAUACCUAAUCCGGGACUGGAGACAUCUAGAGCUGGCUAUAUCCAUUCCUAACUUCUUCACACUGCUGUAUUACUGGAUUUUACCAGAAUCCCUACCUUGGCUGAUGGCAAGGCACAGGUAUAAAGAAGCCGAAGCAGUCAUAAGGAAAGCCGCGAGGCUGAACAGAGUAACUCUGCCACCAGAGAUUAUGAAUCUGUCGUCUUCCUACACUUCCAUGGGACUGAUUACAGAGGAUCAUAAGAGACGCAAAACGAACGAUGAUAAAAAACAGAAUGGCUUGUCAAAGGCUUUGGUGUCAGAAGUGGGAUGUAAUAACAAACAGGCCAUGGGGACUUUGGUAUUUAGCACACACUUUGAAUCAGGAAAUGAUAGUACUGGCCAUACAGGGUUAACAAACGUAGCAGAGGUUGAUAAAAACGGACUUCACAAGAGCUCUGGUGCUGCAGUUUUGACAAAAUAUCACACCGCCUCAGAUCCUGAUGAUAUGAAAACUCUUCCGGGAAGUGCGUUUACCCCUCGCGUGAUUCCCACUCGUUCUUACACCGUAAUAGAUUUGUUCCGGACCCCACGUAUCAGGCUUUACUCUUUAAUUAUCUUUUAUUUAUGGCUGGUCACCAGUUUAAGUUACUUCGGGAUGAGUUUUUCGGUACCCUCUCUGCACGGAGACAUCUUCGUCAACCUGUUCAUCAGCGGAUUGGUAGAAGUUCCGGCCUACCUCAUAUGUAUGGCCAGUGUCGAAUGCCUUGGAAGACGACGUCCACUCUGUGUGUUCACGCUGGUGUGCGCCUGUGCCAGUAUUACAGCUAUAUUCAUACCCACCUCCACAGAUACUGGUACGGAUCUUACUUGGUUAAGAACAACUUUGGCGAUGAUCGGCAAAUUUGGGGUGACAGGCUCCUACGUCAUAGUCUACCUGUUUUGUCUAGAGAUUUUCCCUACCGUGGUCAGGAACCUUGGCAUUGGUAUUGCCGCAGCCUUUGAAACCGCUGGCGGUGUGGCAGCCCCGUUCAUUGCCUCUAGCGCAAAGACCAUCCCCCGACUUCCUCUCACAGUGUUCGGAGUGCUGACAAUAAUAGGUGGGGUGUUGUGUCUAGUCUUACCAGAGACGCAUCGUAAACCCCUUCCUGAAACCAUUGAGGAAGUCGAAGGCUGGGAUAGGAAAGCCGGACGGAAAGAUCAAGGGGAACAACACUGA